GGUCUCGUUUGUUUUCUGACAAUCUACUGAACCUACUGGUAACUUGUUUGCCACGUAGCAAUAAAAAAUAUACUAAAAACCUUGAUUAUUCUGGUUAGUCACAUUGUACUGCUAUUAUUUUGAACAAGACUGUAUAUUUUAAAAAGUGCUGAUCUUGUUGCUAAAUAAAUUAAAUUCAAAUAUGUUACGUUUGUGUAUUUUUCAGCUGCAUUCUCUUUGUGGAGAAGAAGAUAUGAUCCCACUGCACAGUAGAUAUUUUCCUCCCACCAGAAAGAGUUAUUUAUUUGUUUGUUUGUGACAGACAUUCAUCGACUUUAAUUCAGAUUCUUGUGUCGUUCUUCAACCAUGACUUUUACAUAACCGGUUAUUGACAUUAUCUCUUCUCUCCAGACUGCACCUCCCUGCCGUGAGCCACACCAGAUACUCUGAGACCCUCUUUUACUUAGAAAUAGAUAAAUAAAUAUGAAAUAUGGUACAGUAAUAUGUAGUUAAUGGAAGAAAGUUUGGAUUUGCCUCCUUACAAGGUUGUUUUAACAGCCCGAUACAAUGUAUUUUAGAUUAAACGAUAUGAAAUUCAAAUUCAAUUAUUUUCUUAUGAUACAACUUAAGUAUAAAAUUGAACUCUCUCAGUGACUUUGUAAACAACUUGCACAUGCUCUCUCAAGAGAUAAACCUUUGACUGACAACACGUGCAGCGAAUGAAAAAUUCGUCGUCUGGAAGCGAGCCAAUGAACUGUGAGGGGGCGGGGCUAAGCAGAAACGUCGGCGUACUCUACGCUCUGCAGUAGAAUGUCUUCAGUCACAAGCGACGAAGGAGACGGAGCAUUAAAGAUGUUUGCGAAAGCCACUAAGAACCUGGUCUCUGAGAUCGACACUGAAGGUUCCCUGAUUCCAGUGUCCCGUCUGAAUGACUCCGACGGUCUGGCUCCUCUGGCCCUGGUCAUCAAACGCAACGGCUACUGGUUUUGGCAAGGGUCCAAGUACCAUCCAUCAGACUUCGAACUAAACGAUGUUCUUGUUGGAGAUCCCAUAGAUCCAGUUGUGGUUGAAACAGACUUUUUGAACUAUGAUAGCGAAGUUGUGGAUAACAAAAGUGGAAGUGCUUCUGCAGUACUUGGGGCGGGGACCGUUAAUGUAGGAGGGAGCGGCUCCAGCACACUUAAGUCACCGUUUGGAUACCUAAAGAAAGAGGAGGUGGAUAUCCAGAAGCUCUUACAGGAUUCUAAAUCUAGAGUUCUGGACCUGAAGCACUCUCUGAUCCAGCAGACAUGGGAGAAACAGGGCAAGGUGCUGACGCUAGUGAAGGAGCGAAUCAUCACCACUCAGCCCUGCACCAUCUCUGAGGAUCUCAAGAAAGAUGGAACCUUCGCUGGGGUGUUUGGGUCCGAUAAAACACUAAAGGUGUCAGUCAAUGAUAAAGCAAAGCCUUUUGCACAUAUUGACACUAAUGUGUCGAUCAUCAUCCCCCCCAAAACCACCAUUGCUUACAGCGUGAUUGAACUAGAGGUUGCUCACACUGGACACUACGAACUUUGCCUGCUGCCAAAUGUCAAGGGCGGUUUUCCAGUUGAAGGGCCAGUGAAGGUGAAGCAAGCAAGCACAGUUAGUGCAGCACCAGGGAAAACAACCAACAAACUACAGAAAGAUCUGGAAGGCCUCCAGGGACAGUUUGCAGUUCUCUCUAAACUCCCACCCAGCACUCGCUCCUCAUUAUUCCAGCAGAUCUCUCUGCUCCUGCAGGACAGCGCAGCCAUCAGCGUGCUGAAGGACGCCCUAGAGGACCUGCGUGAUGGGAAGCCGCCUGAUCCCAGUGCAUUGGAGAAGGUUCCUGCUCUGAAGGCCACGCUGGAGCUUGUACAUAAGACUGAUACAAAGCCCUCUGGAAAGAAGCUGGAACCCAGCGCUUUAACUGCCAUCCAUCUGCUCAUCAGCUCAUUAGAUGAGAUGAAGGUCUCUGCCCUGUUUGAGCUCAAAUCCUGCUUCAGUUACACAACCCAGCAAGCUCUGCUUCAUCUUGUGCAAAAUAUGACUUUAAAUAAGAAGUCCUAUCUGAAAGAUCCUGCUCUGGCUGCAUUAACCGAUGAGAAAGUUUUCAAGAAGAUAACAUCCCUGUUUGCUUCCUGUAACGUGACACUGCUUAAGGAGAAGGAUUCCCUUGUUACAAAAAUCAGCAAACCGGAGGAUCGCAGUCCCCUCAUGCUGUGCAUUGCAGUUCGAGGCUUGGCAUCUCUAGCGCCCCCUGCCUGAGUGGAGUACAACAGCAAAGCCAAAAUACCUGCUGUUAGUGGAGGACUAAAGCCUGUGGGUGGACAAUCUACAAACAAAAAACUGGGACAAAAUUUUUUAUAAAACUAGAUCCUUAAGUGGCCUUAUUUUACGCAUAUUGUUAAUUACGUAUUUUACAUAAUAGUGAAAACAGUAAUAAUUUAGAAAAUGUCUAAAUAAUUGUAAUUAAAAAAAAAUAUAUAGAUAUAUAUAUAAGUACUUCUGUACUAUCAAACCUAAAGUGGAAUUAUACUCUUGUGAAAAUGCAAAAUAAAUUGUUUACAUAAUA